CAAUUCCUGAGACCUGACGACGUUCACAUCCAAGCGAGCUAUUCUGGUCAAAUGCGCCACAAGGAGGGAGACUGCAUCACUAUUGAUAGCAGCCCAACAAUAGUUGUUUUGUUUUUCGCAUUCCUCAGCAUCAACGGCCUGGGAGGUGUUACCUUCUCAUUCCCAAACUUCCCAGCGCUCGGCCACAGCCCCAGGCCUUCGCCUUUCGACUCAUCCACAGACUUUCACAAACUAUGAGCAACGUGAACGAGACCAUUCGGUUCGGAGAUGUGGUAAAGCUGCAGACCAAGUCAGCGUUUGUCGAGAGCACUCCGACCUUCCUGGGUUUCCUCGAAUUGCCUGGUAAAGCGCAGACCCAGUUGCUCGUGGUACCCCCUGUGAAGGAUGAAGUCAAGGAACGCUUCGUAGAAGCCGAAUUCAUCGUUGCCCCAAUUCGUGGUGACAAGCAGCAAGCAAACGGCACUCCGCUGACCUAUCAGACCCCUUUCGUGCUCCGUACUUCAGACGGAAAGGAUGGUAGCACGUACUCGCUGAACAACAAGGUGGUGGGUCAGCGUGAAGGCGUCAGUCUGCAGCUCUCGGCUACCAAGGGUGAGAUGUACAUUCAAGUGGAGAAGGAAGGCUGCACGAACGCGACUAGUCUCCGCUACGGUGACGAUGGACUCAACCUCCGAGUUGUGGACUCGAACCGUGUCCGCAAGACGCACAACCAACUGCUGACUCACGUCGCCAAGCCCAAGAGCGACACACCCGGUGGUAUCGUCACCUGCGGUGCUAAGGGUACGAGUCUCACCUUCACCUUCCAGCUUUCCGUCGAUGGUGGCGGUAAGGCCAAGACCGAGACAACCAAGUACAUCAAGAACCCACAGGCACGUCGGGGCAGCAUGGAGGCGCUCAGUCCAUCAAAGGUGGACCAGCUUGGUCGUGCUGAUCGUAUCGACAGCAGCGAGUUCUCCGAUGUUGACGCUAUGAGUCGUUCCAGCAGCAUCGCAGGCUUCGGUUCAAACCCUACGAGUCCUCGCAGUAGCUCCAUGACAAAUGGACUGGCGAGUCCAGGUCCAGUCGAUGCUGCUGCUGUGGCUGCACGUCUUCCAGCCGUGAAGGAUGACGAAGACCACGAGACAGAGGCGACUGUGUCGACUAGUAGCGCUCCUACGUCCACCCACGAGGCUUCAAAAGCGGCACCUGCCGUCACCUUAAAGCCUACAGAAGUCAAGGCCACUCCUGCCUCUCCACCAAAACCUGGUGCCGUGGAGGCGAAGGCCAAAGCAUCUCCUGCUCCAUCACCGGUGAAGACAGCUCCUGCUGCGUCACCGGUUAAGACUGAGGUGGCCAAGACUGAGCCUGUGAAAGUUGAAUCCACGAAGAGCGAGCCUGUCAAAGCAGAGCCGAAGGUUGAGACUGCAAAGACACCAGAGGCGAAGCCUGAACCAACAAAGACUGCGACCACGACUAAGGCAGCGCAGAGUGGGCCAAAGACCGUAGUGGCGGAUGCGUCAACCUUUCCCCCUACGCCGGCGAUCAACGGUCCUGCACCUGCACCCGUGGUGGUGUCUCCGAAGGCAGCAGCGUCGCCCAAGACCACUCCGAAGGCGACAGCUACGCCAUCUAAUGCACCAGCAUCGCCCAAGAUGAUGAAGGAGGAGGACGUAGCCAAGCUCAAGGCUGAAGCCGAAGUGGAGAAUCUCGAACCAGCGUGCGGUGCCAAGUGCAGCGUCAUGUAAGCCCAACGGUCGGUAAAACUUCGCUGCAUAGUAUAAACCCUUAAUAAUGAACCGCUACUCAGCCCUCCA